UGUUAGUUACACUUACAAAGCAAUGGCGUCAGUUUAUUUUUGUAUGGAAAGGUUAUGUUUUUAUUAAUUUUUAUAUCAUAUUAAAUUAAUAAGUUCGUAUUGUGUUUGCGGGAUUUACUCGUCAACAAAAAUAAAAUUAUAUUUUAAUUUUGUUACUGUCAUUUGAAGUUUUAUUCUACUGUUGAUACAAUGGGCGAUUCAGAUUUCUCAGGUAGUGAAGAAAUAACCAAGAAACAUAAACAUAGGAAACGCAAACGUACUGCAUUAGAAGAAAACAAAAAAAGAAGACGUUCAAGCAGUAUGGACAGCAGUGAUUUUCAAAAGCUAAAAAACAAAAAAAAUAAAUCAAGAAAGGACUCUGGAAAUGAGUCUAAUGAUGAUAGUUCAUAUUAUAAAAAUAAACCUAAAAAGUCUUCUUACACCUCUGAGAGUAGAAACAAACGUAGUGUCGCAAAUGAUAGCGAUGAACGAAAAUAUGGUUCUUCUAGUAGACGAAACAAGGACACUUCUAAAGAGUAUUCUGGUUCUAGAAAGAAAAAAUCUUCAAGAGAUGUUGCUGAAGACGAUUACAUAACGGACCGUAAAAAGACAAAAGAUUCACAGAAAGUCACUGAAGAUAGGAAUUCUGAAAGAGAAAGAGACUAUAAAAAUACGGGAAGUGAAAAAAAUUCAAGCAGAAAAAAUAAGAAUGAUGAUGAUAUGGCUUGUGAAAGAUAUGACAGGGGCAGUCCUUUACAUGAUAGUGAAGAAAAUGGCAGAAAUUCAAGUACAGGUUCCGAGAAGCCCUACAGAUAUUGGAGUACCUCGCGAGGUCCUGUGAGGAAAAACAGUGACAGCUAUUGGAACAAGUACAGUGAACGUUUGAAAGAACAACCAGAAAAUGUGGAAGUAGGACCGCGGUAUUAUAGUGUUAACGACAGUCCUAAAAAUGAGAAUUCCAAAACCUCCAAUGAGAAAAGCAAAGGGAAUAAGAAAGAGAAUGCUGAAGUGGAAAAAGUGGCUCCAACUCCAAGACCGAAAAAGGUAAUUGAUGACUUAACAACUCGGACUGGUGGAGCCUACAUACCUCCGGCGAAGUUGAGGAUGAUGCAGGAAAGCAUAACGGAUAAAGCGAGUGCUGCUUAUCAACGGUUGGCGUGGGAGGCGUUGAAGAAGUCCAUCCAAGGACAUGUGAACAAGGUGAACACCAGUAACAUCCAGGUGAUCCUGAAGGCAGUGCAGAAGGAGAACAUAGUAAGAGGUCGAGGGCUGUUGUGUCGGGCCUUGAUACAGGCUCAGGCAGCCUCGCCCACAUUCACAAAUGUUUAUGCAGCCUUCAUCGCCGCGUUGAACGCCAAGUUUCCCAAGUUGGGCGAGUUACUGUUGAAAAGGUUGGUUGUGCAGUUCCGUCGAGGGUUCAAACGUAAUGACAAAACUAUCUGUAUCACGGCAGCCACCUUCAUUGCUCACUUGGUCAAUCAAGAAGUGGCACAUGAGAUUCUAGCACUAGAAAUCUUGACUUUGCUGAUAGAGACGCCCACAGAUGAUUCAGUCGAGGUGGCCAUCGCCUUCUUGAAGGAGUGUGGUAUGAAGCUGACUGAAGUAUCCAGCAAAGGCAUCCUCGCAAUAUUUGACAUGCUCCGCAAUAUUCUUCAUGAAGGAAAAUUAGAGAAAAGAGUGCAAUACAUGAUUGAAGUGAUGUUUCAAAUUCGGAAAGAAGACUUCAAGGCUCACCCUUCCUUGAUAUCAGAACUCGAUUUGAUUGACGAAGAAGACAAAAUCCAACAUAUGAUCACCUUGGAAGAUAAUCAUGAUCCGGAAGAUAUUUUGAAUGUGUUCAAGUUGGACCCGGACUAUGAAGCGAAUGAGGCCAAGUAUAAGUCGCUGGUUGGAGACAGCGACGACGAGUCUGGCGAGGAUGGUAGCGACGGCAGUGGGGACUCUGAUGAUGACUCAGAAGAAGAGGAGGGGGGAGGGGAAGAAGGAGAGAGCAAGGGUGUGAUAAUAGACAAGACGGAGACCAACCUAGUGGCACUGAGGAAGACCAUAUACCUGACGAUCCAGAGCAGCUUGGAUUUCGAGGAGUGUGCCCACAAACUGUUACGGAUGGAGCUGAAGCCCGGACAGGAGAUUGAGAUGGCCCACAUGUUCCUGGACUGUUGUGCAGAGCAACGCACCUAUGAGAAGUUCUUUGGACUUCUGUCUCAGAGAUUCUGCCAGAUCAACCGCACUUAUGUUGGGCCUUUUGAGGAGACGUUCAGGGACAGCUAUGCCACGAUACACCGUAUGUCCAACGACAAGCUGCGCAAUGUCGCCAAACUGUUCGCACACCUUCUGUACACGGAUGCGAUCUCGUGGGAAGUACUGUCAACGGUCCGACUCAACGAAGAUGACACCACCAGCUCCAGUCGCAUCUUCAUUAAGAUACUGUUCCAGGAGCUCUCCGAGUACAUGGGGCUCAUCAAGCUCAACCAGAGAGUCAAGGAUCCAAGUCUGCAGACUGCUCUGGAAGGUUUGUUUCCACGGGACAAUCCCAAACAUACGAGGUUUGCCAUCAACUUCUUCACAUCAAUUGGACUUGGAGGUCUUACGGAUGAACUGCGGGAGCACUUAAAGGCACAACCCAAACAGAGUAUCGUGGUACCGCAACUGGUUGAGGGUCUUUCUAGCUCCUCCUCUUCCUCGUCCGAUUCGUCUUCAUCUUCAUCGUCAGACUCCUCUUCUGACAGCUCGAGUUCAGAGUCAUCAAGUUCUGAUUCUGAAGGCACAUCCAGCAGAAGAAAACGAAAAGGAAAACCAGUCAACAAAAACAAAAAACAGCCCACAAAAAAAGUGGAGAAGGCAACGUCUAAAAAGAGUAAAAUCACUCCGUCAAAGAGAAAAAGGGAUAGAUGAUAAUCUUAGCAUGUGGUUAUUACCUGAAGAUUUUGUACUUAUUUGUAAAUAUUUAGUACCAUAAAAUCACACCAUUUCUUUUAUAAAUAUUUCACCAUUUAAUAAUUACAGAGAGGAGCUGUAUAUCCGUUUAUUAAUUUGUAUAUUAGUGUUUAAUAUUGUGAAUGAUGUAUGUUAUUUUAUAAAAAUAAAUAAAAGUAAAACAUUUACAAGCGGAAA